AUGGCUCGGCCAUGUCCAACAAACCGGACAGGGAUAACCCGGAGUCGGAGGUUGGAACCAGCUGUAGAGUCAGUCUCUGAUCACCAGUCAACGAGUGAUAGCGACGAUGAUUUUGAUGACAUUGGAGAAGAUGUAGCAACCUACAUCUCGAGGCCACCCAUACCGGAAGGGAGUUCUUUUUCAUCCGCAGACGACUCGAAUUCGGAUGAUGAUGAUGAUGAUAAUGAUGAUGAUGGUGACGAGUUGGGUGAGGAAGAACCGGAAGCUGGAGUUCAACCUGAACAUUUAGCAACGUCACCAGCCGAUCCAGUCAACGCUCCGCCUACUCAGGAUGUGCCACCAGCAGUACCAAUUCCCACUCCAGUACCUAGGUAG